UAAUGAACUUCACAUGAUCUGCAGCAAAUUUCUGGACCAGGAAACUGCAAGCAUAGUGAAAGGUUUAAAGCUUUGCGGGACAAUGGGAUCCCUCUUUCGAAGUGAAGAAGUAUGCCUGGCUCAGCUGUUUCUGCAGUCUGGUUCAGCCUAUGACUGUGUAAGUGAAUUGGGAGAAAUCGGCCUAGUUGAAUUCAGAGACUUGAACCAAAAUGUGAAUGCCUUCCAGCGACGAUUUGUGGGAGAAGUAAGGCGUUGCGAAGACAUGGAGAAGACAUUCUCUUUUUUAGAGCAAGAAAUUCGCAAGGCAGACAUGAAGGUACCAGUGCAAUGUGAAAACUACCUGACACCAUCAUACAAAGACUCCGUGAAGAUACAGGAGCAGUCAGAGCAGCUAGCCCAGGAGCUACGAGAAGUCAGCCGUAACCGUGAUUCACUGCGCAACAACAUGAGAGAAUUAGAGGAAUACAGCCAGGUCCUGAAACAGACUCAGCAAUUCACAGGGCAGGUCACAGCCAUGCAGACCAUGCAUACUCCUGUUCUGCAUCGCCGGGGUACAGAGACUGAUCCAUUGCUGGAUCCAAGGCAAGCUUCACACCUGGAUGUGCAUCUCAGUUUUGUCGCUGGUGUGAUCCAUCCCUGGAAAGUGAAUGCUUUUGAACGGCUCCUGUGGAGGGCAUGCAGAGGUUAUAUGAUUGUCAACUUUGCCGAAAUGUCCAAACCCAUGGAAGAUCCUACUACGCAAAAAAGUGGAGCGGGCGUUGACUCCAUUGCUAGUCGUAUCCCUACUACUGAGACACCACCCACCCUGAUUCGAACAAAUAAGUUCACCUCUGGAUUCCAGAAUAUUGUUGAUGCUUAUGGAGUUGCCAGUUACCGUGAAGUUAACCCAGCACCUUACACCAUCAUCACAUUUCCCUUCCUGUUUGCUGUCAUGUUUGGUGACCUGGGACAUGGAUUGCUGAUGUUCAUGUUUGCACUGUGGAUGGUCGUGGAAGAGAACAAUCCGAAAGUCAAAAACUCCACCAAUGAGAUCUGGAACACAUUUUUUGGGGGGCGCUACCUCAUAUUACUGAUGGGUGCCUUCUCUGUCUACACUGGUUUUAUUUACAAUGAGUGCUUCAGUGUUCCCACAACCAUCUUUGCAUCAGGCUGGAAUGUUUCCAGCAUGUUUGACAAAGGAGACUGGACGAUUAACACUCUGAAAGGAAACAAUUUACUGACACUCGACCCGAACGUUACUGGGGUCUUCACAAGCCCGUACCCAUUUGGAAUUGACCCAAUCUGGAGCUUGUCAUUUAAUCACCUCAAUUUUCUCAAUUCCUUCAAGAUGAAGAUGUCUGUUAUCCUGGGUAUCGUGCAUAUGACAUUUGGGGUUCUUUUAGGUGUCUUCAACCAUGUGCACUUCAAGAAACCCAGCAACAUCCUUCUAGUCUUCAUUCCUGAGAUUAUUUUUAUGCUAUUUCUGUUUGGGUACCUCAUAGUCUUAAUAUUUUACAAGUGGAUUGCAUAUUCAGCCUUCAACUCCCGAGUGGCACCUAGCAUUCUGAUUCAUUUCAUUGACAUGUUCCUUUUCACCAGCAGUGCGGAUAAUGCAAAUCUUUACAAUGGACAGUACACUGUUCAGAAGAUAUUGGUUAUCCUGGCUUUGGUCUGUGUACCUUUUCUUUUAUUGGGUAAACCCCUUUAUCUACUUUUCCGACACAGGUUCCAGCGCCGUGUCCAUCGAGGAUAUUCGCAUAUUGAUGAGCAGAAUGCAGAGGAGAACAGACCCCUCCUGAAUGAUGCUGCUCGGAAGAGAAAUGGAAGUAUAAAUACAGACAAUGUGGAUGAAGAGCAUGGUAGGACACAUGAUGAAGAGAAGUUUAUUUUCUCAGAGGAGUUCAUGCACCAGGCCAUCCACACAAUUGAAUACUGUCUCGGCUGCAUCUCCAACACGGCAUCCUACCUCCGAUUAUGGGCACUUAGCCUUGCUCAUGCACAGCUUUCUGAGGUGCUGUGGGGCAUGGUGAUGGUCAUUGGACUGAAACAGACCAAUUAUUAUGGUGGAGUAAUCCUUGCGGUUAUUUUCGCGGUCUUUGGGAUUCUGACAGUCUCCAUUCUGUUGCUGAUGGAGGGACUGUCUGCCUUCCUUCAUGCACUAAGGCUGCACUGGGUGGAAUUUCAGAACAAAUUCUACACAGGAUGUGGUUACAGACUGACCCCGUUUUCUUUUUGUGCCAUGCUUGAAAGCACAGGACAAUUCUGAAGAAGAAAAUGCAUUUUUUACUAUUAAACUCCUAUGGGACUUUAGUAACAAAAGAAAAAGGGAAUUAGUAUGUGUGGAAAAAUAAUUGCCGAUGAUUGAUUUUUCUGUCAUGCUGCUAUUUGUCUUUGAUUUAACACAUUAUUGUGGCAGGCUACCUCAGUCAGCUUGUGUUCUGUGUAAUCCACUCCAGUUCUCCAGAUUCUGGCCAGUUGAACUCCAUUAUUUCCAACAUCAGUGUAAUGUGACCCUCAGAUCUUUGGACACUAAAUUGUUUAUGUAUUUAUCUUGUGUUCUGACCAACCCUAACAUCUAAAUGUAUUCAGUACCAACAGUGAUGCUUCUAGUAACCCCUUUAAUCUCAGUAAUACCUACAUCCCCCCUCUACAGUGUGCAUGCUAACCAUGUUUUCCAGAAUGACCAUUUCUUUCACUGAGUGAAACAUUUGUUAAAACAUAUCUUCUCACAUAUUUCAAAGAAAGCCUUGAGACCUGUAAUGUUCCAGUAAAUAUAGUGCAAACCAGGAAAGGUCAGAUUUUUCUUUGUUGCAGUGCUACAUCCAAUUGAAUCUGCCAAGGGUGGUACCAUCCAUAAUCUAACAAUCUACACUAAUUAUGAUGUCUGUCUUCACAGAAACCUUCUGCCGCGACUCAAGUUAUGUACAGAGUGUAGAGUACAUUAACCCUUGAGUGUCCUGCCAUCACUUCCUUAUUGUUUCCAUUUAACCUGCAGUAGUAUCAGAUAUGCCUGACCUCUCUAUCACUCUCAGCAGUAACCAUAUUUGUCAGUUUGUCUGUCAACCUUGUUAUCAUGGAUGAUCUCCUCCAGGGCUUCUGUGGAUAAUAGAAGUUCCGGAAAGUGACUGCUCAUCAGACCCAAUAAUAAUCACUUUGGACCCUCCCUGUUGCUGCACACAGUUGUACCAAAUAUGAUCACUCCAUUCUUCUUUGUGGUGUAGAUUAACCACUCUUCUUGUCUGUCUACCCUUUACCUCAGCCACCAACCACUUCUGGCCUUUCUAGCUGACCCCAGGAUUGAUAAUUUGCUGCAAUCAUUCAUGUGGCCUGUCAUCCCAGAAACCUGACCAAAGGACUGAAUGUGUUUCCUGUAUUCUAAACAUUAAAAUGUGUAUGAGGGUGGCAUUAACAGCAAAAUCGAACAGGCAGUGUCAGAAGGGACACUUUUAUUACAGAUAUUGUUUUUGAUUGUUUUGUACUACUUGAGAUAUUAAAAAAAAUAUUGGUGUUUGUUCAUGCAACUCAAAUAAAAGUCCUUUAUACUUUUAUGAA